AUGUCAAGCCAGCCAUCCGUGAAGCCUCCCCACCACCAUCGAACGCGACAGCGCGAGGAGUUCCCCGACCGCAUCAGCAGCCACAGCGGUGUCGCGCUGGACUCCCCGCGGAAGAGCGUGACGAUGGUGGGUGUCACGAGCACGACUAGUCUGCCGGCGGAGGCGCGGCGCGCAGGGCAGCGCUUCCAACGCCCGUCGCACUCGCAGCCGCGCCGCACGGGAUGCCUUGGUGUUCUGCAGUGCAUCCGCGACGGCGUCAUCAAGGCGGUGUGCACCAUCAUUCCGCCUGGCGGCAUUCUCUCCGCCGCCUUCAACAUGGCGAGUGCGUCCAUCGGCGCCGGCAUCCUUGGUCUGCCGUCGGCGACCGACUCGGCAGGUCUCAUUCUCGCCAUCCUCUACCUCAUCGUCAUCACGUACUUCUCCGUGUUCUCCAUGUACAUCCUCGCACUCGCGGCGCAGAAUACGCGCAUCAAGAGCUUCGAGGGCAUGGCGCGCUGGCUCUUCCCGGCCGGAAAGUACGCCUUCUCCUACUGGGCCGCGUUCAUUCGCUGGUUCCACGGCUUUUCCGGGUGCGUCGCGUACGUCAUCAGCAUUGGUAACUCCCUUGCACCCAUGUUCGCCGGUGCGGCAAAGCAGCACCCCGACAACAGCGCGAUCCAAUUCUUCGCCACCACGCAGGGCAACCGCGUUUUCACAGUCAUCAUUUGGCUCUUCGUGAUGCUGCCGCUGCUCAUUCCGAAGCAUGUCGACUCGCUCCGCUACGCCUCCGCUCUCGCGGUGAUGUUUAUUGUGUACUUCGUCAUUAUGGCUGUCGUGCACAGCAUCCGGCACGGACUGCCCGAAACGUCCAAGCACGUGCGGCUGUCCGGCAAUCAAGUGGAUGAUGACAAGCUGGAGCACAAUACCGUGUUUCUUUUUCGCACAGGCAACUCUGUAAUCCACACCGUGGGCAUCUUUAUGUUUGCGUACGUCUGUCAGAUCAACGCGUGCGAGGUUUUCUGGGAUUUCAGGCCGGAGAUUCGCACGGCGAAGAACUACACGCUGGCAGCGUUCAUCGGCAUGAUGAUGUGCGGCACGCUGUACCUGCUGGUGGCCGUAUUCGGCUACCUUGACUUUGGCAGCAAGAACCUGCUGGGCAAGUCGCUGCUGCUCAUGUUCAACCCAUUCGAUGAGGUGGACAUCAUGAUCGCCUACGUUGGCAUCAUGGUCAAGCUGUGCGUCGCCUACGCACUGCUCGGCAUUGCGGCGCGCAACUCCUUGUACUACCUGAUCGGCUUCCAGCACCGCUACCGCAACCGCCCCGCUGCGGCGGUCGCAGGCGCUGCGGAGGAGCUCGGCGCUGUCGAUGGCUGCGCCGCUGCUACCGCCCAGUGCAGCGCGAAUCCGGUCGUGGCCAUGGCGGACAUCGCCGUCGUCCAGUCCGACGGUCUCGUCGGGGCGGACAACAACCACGGCCCCGCGGAGGCGACGAAGGACCGCACUCCGUCCACUUCCCUCAACGAGGACUCCGUGGACGAGGAGUACGUGGACAACACCACCGAGGACACGACGUACGUGGACAACAUCCCGUUCUGGCAGCACCUGCUCGUCGUGCUCGCCCUCUCCGUCGCGUCGCUGCUGUGCGGCCUGUUCAUCCCGAACAUCAACACCGUCUUCGGUUUUGCUGGCGCGAUCAGUGGCGGCUUCAUCUCCUUUGUCUUCCCCGCACUGUUCAUCAUGUACUCGGGCAGCUUCACGGUGGCGCAGGUGGGUUGGUUCACGUACCUGAACACGUACCUGCUGCUGAUCUGUGGCGUUGUCGGCAUUGUAUUUGGCACCAUCGGCACCAUCUACAUGACGAUUUAG